UUUUUUUAACUGUCGGACAUAAUUUUUCCCUUACAUAUAAAAGUAGUCAGUACAGAUAUAAAAUUGGUAUUAGCCAGUUGAAGAAGAAAGAAAGAGCCCCGAAUGAGUUUUGGUACUACAUAUACAAAAUUAAUAAACAUAAAAAGUCAUAGGACUGGAAAAAGAAUUGUUUUGCAGAAUAGUGUCAGUAGCUACUUUUCAUUGUGAGUAUUACAAAAAAGAGAAAGAUUUGCCAGAGUUGGGAUUGAGGAUGACGACUUGAUGACGCUCAGCGCCGGUCACAACACAACACGACUCCACGCUACGAGCUUGCAACAUGCGCAACUUUUAUCAGCGGCACACUAUCAGGCGGGCGUUAUGUAACCGAGGCGUGCUGCGCAGCCGUCCCGCUCGCACCCGCCGCGCGCCGCCCUGAGUGCGAGCGGGACGCGAGAUGUUGCAUUAAAUUCGAUCUUAUUCUGUAAUGUUUUGUCCAAUCGCAGCCGAUCUUUGCAUGUUCCGGUUCUUUGUCAUCAAUGGAUCGCCGGUCGAGUCUAUUUCGAGUGCCACUUGAAAAGCUUUUACUCUAUAUUUGGGCUAUCUCGAGUUCCGUGAAUAACUUAAAUGGACGUCCGCGGAUAUGAUCGUUCUGUGCGUCGACAAAUUUCAGUCGAAAGAGUAGUAUUUGACGCGAACGCUCAUAAGCCCUUUCGGCAUUAAUGGGUGGUGCCCACUUCAGCUGACUGCGUCGUACGCAAGGCUACUCCGACGAGACUAGUAGUAGUGCGGCGUGCGAGGCGAGCGGUCGGCCCUCGGAUCGCGCGAGUGAUAUGCGGAUAUGCUAUUCAGGCUUAAAAUGUCUGUGGAACGUUCGCCGUAGGCGUGAUACGGUCCGCAUCGCGUAAUUUUCGUGGCAGUAUCGCGAGUUGAGUGCGUGUCGAGUCGCGCGGCGCUGUGGCGGCCGCGGCGGUCGACCGGAGCGAGCCGAGGCUCAAUAAUGCUCAAAUUUCUGACUCACAAGCUGCGAACACAUUCCUUGAAUGAGGAGAACGUUUCCGAGAAGGUGGAGGAGCGCGACUCCGGCACCGAAUCGGACGACGAGGCGGAGCGCGCCGAGUGCGCCGACACCGGCGACUCGUGCUCCGACGUGGUGAUGAAGUGGAGUGAUGUCACCGACCUCAGCGGCGGCGACUGCGGCGUCGCGGAAGCAGUGCGGGCGUGCGGCGCGCCGGACCCAGACCAGCUCUACGACCAUCACUCUUCCGAGGAGGAGCUCGAGGUAAUAAACGGCAGUCCGAGCGGAACGGACGCGGGCGCCGGCGCCGCGGAGGGCGGGGGUGCGGCUCGGCCCGAGGGGCGCCGACGCGGGGCCUCCUCGCCGGCGGGCGCGGCACCAGAGAAGCGGCGCUGGGCGGCGCAGCCCUACCUCGACGCGGACGACCCAGCCGCCAGGGCACCUUCCUCCGACGAUGACGAUACAAAGGUGGAGACUCCGGUGCGCUUCCGCACGUCGCCCCCGCUGGAGGCGCUGAAGCCGCGGCGCGCGGGCGGUGCGGGCGGUGCGGGGGGCGGCGAGGGGUGCGCGUCUCCGCGGCGCCGGCGCGUGGCGCUCCCCCCGCCCCGCAGACACCGCCCCGCGCUCGACUUCGACAAGAUGCAGCAGCUGAAGGUGGGCGGCGGCGUGAGGUCGUGGCGCGCGGUGGGCGCGGCGCACGGCGAGCUCUCCGUCUUCUGCUGGUGAUGGCGGCCGCACGCGCACAACGUCCACUGCGAGGAGCGGCCCGCGCUCCUGUGAUUAUCUUCGUGUGAGGUCGCGUCAUGUGAUGCUCGCGCGCAUGUUCGGUGACGGCGGGGGCUCGGGCGCCGCCCUGAUGCUGCCACCCGUGUCCCUCUCGACCACUCGAGAUGGCGUCAGGGUCGACUUCGUGCUUUCAUAACGUCAUCGACGACAUGACCCCAAAGGUCACGAUACGACAAGUCGCGGCGACAGAGCGCCGACACGUCGUACAUAAUGUUUUAUAUAAAAACGCAGCCUAGAAUUACUUCGUAGGGAGUACGCGGGGUCUCGUGGAGGAGCGGUGUAGCGCUUCUCGACCACGUUUUCUAUAAAAUGAUUGUAAAUGUUGAUAGUGCGUAUGUAUGUCCGUGUGAUCGCUCCAGUGUUCGAGUUCCUCUGCACUAAAUGAUCAAAGUACAAAGUGUAUGUGCGUCGCGCGCGCAACUAGUUUUUUGAUGUCUUUACUCGUUUUUGUAAGUGAUGUGCGAGCGCGGCGG